UUUCUUUUUUUCUCUCUCUCUUUUUUUUUUUAUAUUAUAUCAUAGAUAAUUUAUUGCUCAUCGUUGUCAUGACAAGUUAUAAACACACCAACAACAAAAAACGGUUCAGUGCAAAUAGUACUCAAAACCAUAGCCACAUGUCUAUCGAUUCAGAUAAUAUGAGCCAGUCAACCGAUUAUACCCAGCGUUCUCGACCCGUACGUCGAAAAGUUUCCAUGGCAACCCGUAGACGUUCUCAAUUACUAUAUUUAGAAAAAUACGGCCUUGAUCAGCCCAAUUGGCACUCUUCUUCUCAUGACGAUGUUCAAGAUAGGCCUAUUUCAGUGCGUAAUUUCGUUCAAGUCAGUUCAUUACAAAAGCGUCCUGCUCGAUUCAUUAAACCACAAAAAUCCUAUGCAGACCAUACACCUAUGCUUGAAUUCAGCCAUGUCCAUCAACUUCUUCAAGCCUAUACAGACAAAGUGUACAUGGAGGGCUAUCUCUAUAAACGAAACGAUUUGAAUACCAAUGGGUCUUCAUGUGGUACAAAAGCAUGGACACGUUGGUAUGUUGAGUUGUGUGGACCAGUCUUGACUUUGUGGGAUGCAGAAACACAGGGUGAGGUGUAUCCUCAGUACAUUAAUAUCACUGAUGCCACUGUACAUCAUGAGAAUCGAUUGACAGCAGAAACAAGACCUCAUUUGUUUUCUUUAAAUUCAGCAGGUGCCAAUCGAUUUCUAUGUCAAGCUGAGGACGAGCCAGCACUGUUUGAAUGGAUCAGAGCCAUUCGACUGUCUUGUUUUGAAUGUGCUCGUAUUCAAGAAAUCUACACCAAGGCAUUUAUUUCUCGACCUCAAUUCGAUCCACUGUUCAUGACUCGCGCUACAUCAACAGAAGGCAGUGUUCAAGUCAGAUUUCCAGGCAGUACAGGCUGGAAGACAUGUUGGGCUGUCGUCUCGAAUCGCAAGAUCCAGAAGCGUCUGUUUAAUAAAAAGACAGUGCCUACCAAUGGACACAUCAUGUUUUUCGAAUCCAGAAAAGCAAAAUACCCUAUGAUGACAUUGGAAAAUGUCGUACAAGCCUAUACUGUCUAUCCAGAAUCGCCGAAAUUGAUCAACGUGGCCACGUUGUUUAAAAUAGAGGGUAGUCUGCUGAAGAAGAAACCCAAUAGUCAUGAUAUGCAGCUUGUCAGCCAGUCUUGUAGUGCUUUAAUCAUGACUUCAAACACCAAUGAUCUAGUGAGGUGGUUAGUGGGUGUAUUUGAUGCUUUUCGGUUGUAUGGUAGACCAGAAACAGUCUGGGAUGAUCCUAAUAACCCGCGUGCAUUGAAUUUUGCAGAGAUGUGUCAUACAAGGUUGUUUCUUGACCCUUCAGAAGUAAGCGAUGUUGAUGUCAGUUAUGGAACCAUAUUAUUGGGUAACAAGAAGGAAUUUACAAAGAUAUUAUUGGAUAAAGUGAUACGUGGUAUUCCACCUAUCCAACAAGAAGAAAAGACAGCAGUAGAAGAGACGAAUGAAGAAACUAUUAAAGACACCAACAAAGAAGCUAUUGAAGACAUGAAUGAAGAAACUAUUGAAGACAUGAUGGAUAGUAUGAUACAAGAUAUACAGCAAGACAUGCAACAAGAUAUACAGCCAGAUAUACAGCCAGAUAUACAGCCAGAUAUACAGCCAGAUAUACAGCAAGAUAUACAACAUGACUUGCCUGUCAAAAAUAACCCAACACAUCUUCGACAAGUGACAUAUGCAAGUGACUCUGAAGAAGAAGAAGAAGAAGAACAAGAACAAGAACAAGAAGAAAGUGAUAGUGACGAUGCUUCUCUGUAUCAACUCAAGAAGCCUUCUGUCCCUACACUACCAGUCACUCAACAAAUGAAGCCCAUGACACCCAAUACUUCGAAAUCAGGUUCUGAAGUCUCUGAAGUCUCUCCUACCAAACUCACCUUGUCCACAGAUAUUGACGAUGAUUUCAUGAAUGCUGUCUUGAGCGAAACACAGAGCUUGUUUAGUGAACCUAAAGAAACAUCUUACAAAAAGCCAUUUUAUGCACAACCAAGAAGUAAUUCUAUGAUGCCUCUUUCUUCCCCCAUGUUUGGCUCUGCUGCUUCUGUCAAUACACAUUGGGAAUCAUCUUCUGUGGAUGCUCGUAUGGUGCCAGAUGACAACGAUGAUGAUGAUGACAAUAUGCCAUUGUUUGCACAACAUAGUCUAUUAGAUCAAUAUCAUCAACAACAAGCAACCACAGGUCCAUUAGCCAAGAAACUAGAGAAUCAAGCAAGAAAUACAGGUCAAUCUUUAGUACAAGUGGCUUCUCCUUCCUUUAAGAAACAACCAGUACCUCGUACAGGCUUAUUAGGCAUGAUAUCUGAAAGAGAAGAGCAUGAAAGACGGACGCGUCAUUUUAUGGAUGAACGUAUGCUGAUGGGACAACACAGAAUGAUGCAGCAACAGUAUAUGCAGCCUGCUUUUCAUCCCGGUAUGAUGCCCAUGAUGAUGCCAAUGAUGGAUCCUCGUAUGAUGCCCAUGAUGGACCCACGCAUGUUGCCACCACCGUCGCCCAUGAUGUUCAAUCCUCAAUUCAUGCCACAACCACCCAUGAUGAUGUCCCCUCAACCACAAUUUCAAUCAAGAUAUAUGAAUAAUACAAAACAAAACAGAAAACACUACCCUAUUUCUUCUGCUACUUCAGUCGAUCAUAGUGUGAAUUCACGUACAAGCUCAAGAAGAACACGACAUUAACUCAUGUAAAAAAAAAAUAAACAGCCAUGAGCGGUAUUUUAAUAUUGACUAUGCGACUGAGCAGUCAUUACAAAAAAAAAAAAAAAAAAAAAAAAAAAAAAGCGUUUUUGCUUAUUUUUAUCUUCAUUUAUGGCUUCUCAUCAAGAUCUUUUAAAUCAGAUUACAAAAAUCAAAGAAGGCAAGCAUAGCCUAUUGAGAUCAUAUCACUGAUAUUGUGUAUAGAACUUCACUGUACUAUUUGUACAGGUGUGAUUGACGAUCCUCAUGUACUUGUGUGUGGUAAGAU